AUGGCGCUCAAGACGUCCCAUCCUCCCCUAGCCCCUCUCGUCCACUCUCGAGAAGCGCCCGCGCCCCAGACCUCCCGCUAUCCCACCCGCUCCUCCUCGGGCAAUUCACCUCGUAUCGACUUCCGGGCGAUUGCUGGACUUCGCUCCCAACGAACGCGCGUUCGACGUAACUCAUCCCCCGGCUCGUCCUCUCGGGUGCCAGCCCUGCCCCAGGCUACGUUGGAAACGCACCACCGUACGACCAACCCACCGGCCUCCCCACCCCCCCCGCCGAGCACGGAGCAGCCGGUCGUCACCGCGUACACAGAGCCGGUUCCGGAUUCGCCCACGGUAUCAGACUUCCUGACCCCCCAACGCUGGGAGGAGGGUUACAACCGCUGCCUCGUCUUUCGCGAUAUCGUUCUUGCGGCAGACCGCCAGGACUCGGUGGAAUUUCCUCAACAGCUUCAGGGCAGACGCUACCGCUUCAAAUUCUGCCGACCUUAA